CUCUUGAUUUGCAUUUAAGGGGAAGGGGAGGGCAAAAGUGACCUCCCAUGACUUUAGAUUUUAUUUGUCUUUAUACUGUAUCUACAAUAUGUUCACCUUAAGCUGUGGGACAAUCAAUUGUUAAAAAAAAUAAUUGAUUCAUGCAUAAUGCUCAGUGGCAAACUGAACCAAACGUGUUUUCAUUCCUUUGCAUGUUACAAGAGACUCAUUUAUCAAUUGAGGCACCUGUCUGCACCACCUGUUUUCUCUGUUCUUUCUCUGUGCAGAGCAGCAGAGGGAUCCCUCUUCUGCACUGAAUGUCAUAUAUGCAGAUUAGUCACAAAUUAAAUGUGCAUGUUUUAUUUGUAUUUUUAAGUACCUUCAAAUCCGUGAUGUGUGCGUUCAGUGUUUCACCUGGCUCCGAGACAAAUUCCUCUUCAUAAAUAGUUCAAUAAUAAAAUUCAAAUUGAAGUAUUCCGACAUAUAAACAUGCAAAAUAAGUGGUAAGUAAACCAACAUCACUAGUACCUAUACAUACUGCUUAUAUAGUGCUCAAACUGUAAGUUUGAGGAGGUUAUUGGACAUGUAACUAGUUUCAUUAUUUUUAUAUUAUAGUAUUAUGAAAGUAGUCUCUCUUAAUUAUAGUGGAGGACAUAUCUCAUCGUCUUCUUAUGAGAAAUGGGCUUAAUAUUCAUUUCUAAGUCGCUGCUGUAGGACAUGUUGCAGUUAAAUCACGUAGCCUACCCACACUGAUUUGUCCUUACAACAUCCUCAUGGUUUAGGUUUAAUUCCAUUUUUAGAACUUUUAUUGCUCUGGAUGAAUUACACAAUCAUAAAUUUGAUGCUACGUCGAGCUCCACAAAUGAAACUGGAGGUGAUCGAUCAUGCGGACUGAGUGGAACGUCCUCUGGCUUUGACUUUGUUUCAGCUUUCUCCACUGGAGGACACUGUGGUGCUGGUGCCUGACUAACCAACACAAGGAAGGUCUCUUUAAUAGGCAGAGGCUUUUCAAAUUGAUUGCAGAAAUAAAAAAUACAAAAGUAGAGUGGAAGGUCUAAUAAGGAAAUCUAUCUAUAGUAUCAGUAAUUAGAAAAAAGCAGUGAAACAGUGACAUUGAGAGAUAGUGUUAAUCUUUUUUGAGUAUAAACAUGAAGCUAAUGGAUAUCAUUCUUUCAUUAACACCAUUUUCUCUGCACACUUGUUAGAUCUAUGUAAGUAAAUCCAAACACACAGCUCUCUCUGUGUUAUCCUUUCUCUCUGAAGCCCAGUGAGGGGACAGAAGCAGUCAUCUGAAUUGAUCUCAAGUAAUUGGAGUCUGAGGGAAGAGAAGUCAAUGGACCAUGAAAAACAGAUCCAACAACCAUUACCUGUUUGCAAGUAUAAGAACAAAAACAACUCGACUACUUCAGGAGAGAGGGAUCAGAGACAAGGUCCACCCCACACCUUGUCAGCUGUGACUGUUCUCAGGUAAGAGUGUAAGCUUUCUGAUAUCACUUUGAAUGCUAAGUAUUACCUAACAUUCAAAAGGCCAUUAAAAAUGAUAUCACUAUAAUCUAGGUGAUUUUACUGAUUUGAUUACACUCCUUUCUGUCCCUGCAGGAAUGUCAUCAGAACAGUUUGUUCGUGGGAUGCUCUAUCUGUCCCUCACUGUUGUUGGAGUCCCAGGUAACACUGUGGUCAUCCUGGCAUUCCUCUUGCUGCUGCACCAGGAGAACCGCCUCCUCGCAGCGGAUGCCAUCAUCCUGCAUCUGGCCUGCGCAAACCUGCUGGUAGUGGGUGUUCGCUGUCUGCUGGAGACCCUAGCCUCCUUCCGCCUGGCCAACAUCUUUGGCGAUAUAGGUUGUAAAGCUGUGAUUUUUGUCUACAGGACCUCCCGCUCCCUCUCCAUCUGGCUCACCUUUGUUCUGAGUGCUUACCAGGGCCUGAGCAUUGCCCCUCCCGGAUCACGCUGGGCCUCCGCCCGUGCCUUUGUUGCCCACUAUUUGGGCUUUGUUUUCUUCUUCCUCUGGCUCCUCAACACCUGCAUGAGCUCGGCAGCCAUACUCUUCUCCUUUCACAGACAGAAUAACUCCACCUUGACAAACCAUGGCAUUAAUGUAGAAUUCUGCUAUGUGCACUUCCCCUCAAAGCUGUCCAAACAGGCAAACGGGGCAGCCCAGGUGGGAAGAGAUGUGGUUCCCAUGGCCCUCAUGACCCUAGCCAGUCUGAUCAUCCUGGUCUUCCUUUACAAGCACAGCCAGCAGGUGAAGGGACUCCGCAGCAGUAGUGGUGUUAGCGGUGGAGGAAGUAGUGGGGCCGAGCAACGAGCUGCCAAAGCCGUGGUAGCACUUGUGACCUUGUAUGUGGUCCUCUAUGGGGUAGAUAAUGGCCUUUGGGUGUACACUCUCACUGUGAGGAAGACCAUGUCUUCCUCUCUAAUCUCUGACCUGCGCAUAUUCUUCUCCUCGCUCUAUGCAGCGCUAAGCCCUGUGGUGAUCAUUGUGUCCAACAAGAAGGUGAAUGGCAGGCUGAGGUGUGUAGCUCAUGAGAAGCCUGUUCAGGAGAAAGCCACAAGUCUUUCCACCAUGUGAGGCCUGCUGGGACAGCUGAUUACUCACAGAGCUGAAGGGGAAGCCGAGAUGAUGAGGACUGAAUUUUUUCUAAAGUCUGGGUCGUGCAUGGGUCAUUCUGUCUUUGUAGUACACUGGGUACAUUACGUUUUGUGAUACAAGUUGCAGGAGAGACUCGUCUUUCAUCUGUUGGUGUAGCUCAUAAUAAUGAUGCCUUUUUUUUAUAUGUAUUAAAACAUUUUGUUUAUGAGACUUCUCAGACAUAUUGUGAAAUAAGAGAUAAGAAAUAAGAGUUUAGCACCUGUAACUUUGGAGGGGGUGGGUGGGUGGUUCAUGGGGGUGGGGAGGGUGCAGGGUCGUCUAUUGUCUCACUGACUAGAUAUAAGGAGAAAAACUGUCUUCACAACCCUGUGACUCAAUACUAGUGUGUAUGAAUCUCUGCUUAUCUGGUGAUAUCUUGCUUUGUUUGUUUAUGCGUUAUGUUCGUACCAUCUUAAUUGGGUGGAAAAAAUAUAGCCGGGUGACUCAGGGCUCAAUGUAGCUGUCAAGUGACUUCCAACUGCCCAUUUAGCUACGAUUAAGGCUUUGAAUAGAAGCUUGGAAAUGUCCCGUACUAAUGAGGCAGGUUAAUUGUCCCACAGAGAAUUGGUUAAAAACCUGAUGGGAAAACUAUACUCUUCAGAGAUAUAAAGAUGUAAAAGAUGUUCAUUACUCAAUACUUAAUUACUCAGUAAAAUGCCAACAAUGUAUGUCUGAGUUCCACGAUUGUGGUUAUAAGAGGAGGACACGUUAGGGACACAAAGCUAUAUCUUGGCACAAGCCCUGAGGAGUUUGCUGUGGAUGUGGAAACGUGGGAAUUUAGGAGUCAUUAUGUAAUUGCCAUGUCUCGCACAAGUAAGGGCAGAAAGACAGGGUGAGGACAUAACAACCUCUGUGAGUGACAGUCUAAAAGACACAAAGUAGGGCUGCCAGCACUCUGUGAUCCUGCAGUAACUCUAAAGUGCAAUCAGCGCAGCAAUAUUCAACUGCUGUCGCAAUGCAGGUAAGAAGGAGGAGGAGAAGUCCUCUUUUUGUGCUUGUGUAGAACUGAUGCAUUCAAUACCAGGUUGACAUCAAAGGAUAUUAAAGGCCAUAUCUUUUGUCACAGAGCAACAAUUGCCUUUAUUUUAAAAGUUGCAACCAUUACAACCCAUGGUGGAGUGACUACAUUUUUGCAAAGCUCUCUCCAGAUGACAAAUUCCAUGUGUCUUACUCUUCAAACCACUGAAAUCUGAUUGGCACUUUACACAGACUCCGGUGGA